AUGGCGCACGCUCUGCGCACCCCGCAGGUCGACCUCGCCGCCAUCCUCGCCGCACAGAACCCGCACAUCGACCUCCGCCUCGACGCCUACGACGCAUCCAAUCGCAACUUCUCCAAGGCCGUCGCGAGCUACGCCGCCCGCGUCGUCGCCGAGAUCACCCAGCGCCGCAAUGCGCACGCCGCAGAGCUCAAGAAGCUCGCUGACCGCGCGCAGGUCAUCGAGGCCGAGACGAACCGCUGCAAGAUGAAGGAGAUCGAGCUCGUCGCGACGCUCGAGAAGGAAAAAGAGGAGCUCAAGUCCGCAGAGUCGUCCGUCGCCGCCCUUCGGCGCCAGCUCUCGUCCAUACGAGAGGCCAGCGCCGCGCUCGACGUCGAGAUCGAGCAAUACCGCGCCGUGACCUCCAACCUCCGCAAAGAGCGCAACAGCGAGCACGCGACGCUCAACUGGUACGCCUCCACGACCUCGCCCGAGCUGCGCGCCUGCGAGUCCCGCCUGCGCUGCAUCGUCGAGGGCAUCGCCAAAGACCAGCUCCUCAUCCGCUUCUCGCACGUCGACCCCACCGACCACACGCGCGAGUUCAGCUUCGUCCUCGACAUCUCCGCGCGGUCUUACCGAGUGCUCACGUCGACCCCGCCGCUCCCCACGCUCCCGAUACUGGUAGAUCAGCUGAACGACUCGCGGAACGUGUACGGAUUCAUCAAGAGCGUCCGCCAGGCCUACGUAGAACUACUCAAUUGACCCUCAAUGUAUGUAUGUUUGCCCGACCAUGUUGUAUCAGUAUGCGUGCAGGACGCAGUGGAGU